UGAAUGUCACCGUGGAAGAACACAACAUGCUUGUUGCCACUCUUUCCACUUGAAUCGGAGCAGUCUGUGUCGGGCUGCAGCAGCAGCAGGUCGUUGACUCUGCUGGGAUCACAGCCUGGAACUCCACGCAGCCUCUGCAGCUUCUUCCCCAGGAGCUGGGAGGAGCUCAUCCUCUCCGCCGACGUGAUCACCUUCGCCACCGUUACGAGAGAAAGCCCUACCGCUACGGCUCUGAGAAUGAGUUCAAGCAUCUUGGGAAGACAGCUGGUGGCGUGUCUCCUCAACAUUUCUGAGGCACGCAGGAAAGAUCUGGUGGAAACUGUUGCCAGGGCUGCCUUGUACAACACAGAAGGGGUUAAGCGAGAGGGAACCACGGUGCUGAACAUCUUUAAUGAUUAUGACUACAACCGGUCUGUCAUCACUAUUGUUGCCAGUAUCGGCUCAAUCAGGGAGGCAGUUCUGUCUGCAUGUGUAAAGGCGUGUGGCCUGAUUAACAUGUGCACUCAUACUGGAGUUCAUCCAUGUCUGGGCGCUGUUGACCUCAUACCCAUCUACCCUUUGGGAGAGGAGGUUGGAAUAGAGGAUUGUGCUCAAGAAGCCCGGGCUGUGGCUCAGGGACUCACAGAGAGCGUCCAGGGCACCAGUGCCUUUCUCUUCGGCUGGGCAGAUUCCCUUUUGCAGCGGGGGCUGGCACAAAGGAGGAAGGAGAUGGGUUGGUUUAAGAAAACACCAGACAUGCAGGCAGUCCGGCCUGACGUGGGUCCACAACCACAGAGACGAUACGGCCUCACAGGUGUUGGAGCCAGUCCGUACGUAAUGAACUGCAACGUCACCAUCAACACCCAGGACAUCUCUGUGGGCCGCAGCAUCGCCACAGCCAUCAGGGAGUCCACCCCAGGGGGCCUCCCUGGAGUACAGAUAAAGCAGAAUCAGUCUACUGCUGCGGCAAGAACAGCACUGCAUCAGGAGAAAGGUAAAUCUUGGCUACAGUGCACGGCUGUAGACAGUCUGGACCCACUGGAGGAGCCAUGCUGCAUGAUCCAGAAAGUAUUUGGAAAGAGCAAGAAGUAUGCAUCCUUGAUCGCCUUAGUGAAUGAUGAAUGGGUGGGGUAGUUUUUCCAAUCGCCAUUUCGGAGCAGUGGGUUUGAGAAGUGGGCAAAUUGGUGUAGCAACAGAGUUAAAUUUUGUUCUAAGAACAAUUUAUCUUCUGAUAUGAACUUCUGUGCUUUAUGUGCCUAUAUGCUGUUACACUGUAAACAUAAAAAAACCCUAAUCAUCACUUUUUUACAUAAAAAAGACACACAUUAAAGUUUGUUUUUCUUUUUCUUUUGUGAUUAGCUGCAUUAUUUCUGUUUCUGUAGUCUGGAAUAAAUGAUUUAAGUCUCAUCAGGGGAUGUGUCUCCUGCAACAAAAAACAUAUUCGUACUUAUUGGUAAAGGCAAAUUAAAGUUGAAAGCACCCCUUCUUCAACCAUGUCUUCCUUUAGAUUCAGGUGACAUUGCAGGGCUGUACAACCCACAAGUUUACAAUUCAUAGCUGUAAAGUUUUCUCUCUUUCUGAUCACCUAUUGAUUUGUUGCAUGCCACCACUGUGAUUAAAAUGGUUAAUUUAAAAAACUAAAUAAUUAAGCAAAUUAAAAUA